CAACACCCAUCAGUGUUUGCUGACCCGUCGGCCGCGACACAUUUAAUUCAAAGCAUUUGUGAAUAGAAAUAAGUGAUAAAAGUUCUGUGGACGUUAAACUGCCCUAUGAGGAGCUGUGAACAUGGGUUAUAAUACCCAAAGGAUAAUUUUGCUGACAUUAUUUGCCGCACUAAGUCAAGUGGAUGGUGUUUGCGAGCUGCGCAACUUGGGACGGCAACCUUGUGAAGGCGAAUUAACUUGUACCGAUGACUUUGGCUCCGCUAUCGCCUACGUAAGAGAUUGGUCCUGCAGACGCCAUGAGACCUACGACUACUACAACGGUUACCGAAGAGUUAGAACCGAUGACGACUACAGUCUAUACGUUAAAGCAGAAAAUAUCGAUGGGACAGAUUCAUUUGACGCAUACGGCGUCGUCAAUGAACUCAGAGACCAUAUACUGACUUUGUCGAUUACCAACGGAAAAAUGAACUCUGUCCCAUCAGCUAUUUAUAACGUACGCAAGGCAACAGAGAUUGAUCUCUCUAGUAAUACAAUAGAAUCCUUGAAAUUAGAAGCUUUCACAAAAAUUAACAGUCUAAAAUUGCUUAACAUGUCCUGUAAUCAUAUAGCAGAUUUAGAAGUCGGCGAGAGAUCGCCCGGCGCCGGAUUCAGCGCGGUACAGGUAAUCGAUUUGAGCUACAAUGCUAUUUCAUCCAUCCCCAACAAUUACUUCAGACAGUAUCCAGAUUUACUUAAUUUAGAUCUAUCUCACAAUUAUAUCAAAAGUUUCGAUAUACUUACUUUUGAAGGCAUAACACAACUUCAAAAGUUAUACGUUUCAGAUAACGAAAUAACUAGAUUGGGUGUCGUUUUUGCAAGAUUCGAAUUUAUGAAAGAAUUGGUUUUAGAUCACAACUAUUUGACAUCAAUAGAGGAAAAUAAUUUUGACAAAAUGUCCAAACUGGAAAAACUUAAUAUAAGUUCAAACAGUAUAAUUAGUAUUGGAGAUACAUCGUUUGACCAUUUAGUUGAAUUAAAGGAGUUGGACUUGAGCAAUAACACAAUUAUUAUAAUCACAAAGCCUAUACUUCAGCAUAACACUAACUUACAAUCAUUAGACAUAUCAUCAAAUAGAAUUUCUAAAAUAGAACCAGGAGCAUUUGAAGGAAAGCGUAUUGAGGAUUUUAAAGUCCAUAAUAAUCCUAUAGCGGGUUCUUUGAACAAAAAUACCUUUCAAGGCAUUUGUGACGACAAACUAGAUUUGAGUUGUGCUAAUGUUACUGAGCUAGGUCCGGAAUUGUUUGAGGGGCAAUUUCAAUCUUUAAAUUUUAGUAGAAAUUCCAUAUCCACAAUCCAUAAAACAACCUUUUCUAAACUUGAAUUAUUGACAGAACUAGACCUCUCUUAUAACCAAUUACAAGACAUAGAAUUUGAUACUUCUAAUCUAAAUAAUCUUUCCCAUUUCUAUAUCAAUAAUAAUAAAAUUAAGAAAAUCACUAAGGCUAUGUUCCAAUCUCUAACUUCGUUAAAAAUUGUUGAUCUUUCUAAUAACGCAAUUGAAGAUAUUGAAAUACUUUCUUUUCAAAAUUUGAAGGACCUCGAGUCGUUGAAUUUAAAUAAUAAUCCUCUUGUUGAUGUUAUUCCGCCACACAUGUUCAGCGGGCUAGCUUUAACUACAGAACUCGAUUUUACUAAUUCCAAAAUAAACACGAUUCAAAACAACGCAUUCAAUGGAAUGGAGUCCUUAAAAACGUUUAAUUCUACACAUAGUAAGAUAAGAGUACUAGAUGUUAAUGCAUUUAAUGGUACUGGAUUUAUUGAAAUUUUGGAUCUAUCUUACAACCAAAUAGAAUCAUUUUCUAUAAAUAACACAAAUAUAAAACUUGUGAAUGAUUUACAAUUACAAUACAAUAAACUUCAAUAUGUGACCCAUCAAACGUUUUCAGGGCUAACUAAUUUAAGUUCAUUAAGUUUAAAGGGUAAUAAUCUCAUUAACAUCGAGAAUGAAGCUUUUCGCGAUUUAAAUAAUCUUCUGAAGCUUGACAUUUCUGCCAAUAAAGACGUAGUGUUUAAUUCUACAAUAUUUUCGAAUCUGAAGUCACUCUCUGUCGUCCUACUUGAUCACAACAACAAGAUUUAGUUUCGAGAAUAUAGCGAAUACUACAAUAACAAACCUCGAUUUAUCUUUUUGCGAAAUAUCAGAUAUCAGUGCAGUCCAAGUGUACCAGAUUAUCUCUCUCGAACGGUUGAAUCUGGCUUCAAAUAA